CCUAUAUUUGCAACCACUGACCCCCUCAUUAGCUACCUGAUUCUACUCUCCCGACAGGGCAAAGUGCGCCUUGCCAAGUGGUUCACCACCCUCUCUCCCAAGGAGAAGGCCAAGAUCAUCAAGGAUGUAACCCAGCUGGUGCUGUCCCGCCGGACGCGGAUGUGCAAUUUCCUGGAAUACAAAGACUCGAAAGUCGUCUACCGUCGCUACGCUUCUCUCUUCUUCAUCGCUGGCUGUGCCUCGACCGAUAAUGAGCUAAUCACCCUCGAGGUGGUGCACCGCUAUGUCGAGCAGAUGGACAAGUACUACGGCAAUGUCUGCGAGCUAGACAUCAUUUUCAACUUUCAAAAAGCAUACUUUAUUCUCGAUGAGUUAUUGAUUGCGGGGAAAUGCAGGAGACCAGCAAGAAGAAUGUUCUUCGCUGUAUCAGCCAGCAGGACAGUUUGGAAGAUAUGGAGGUUGAGGAAGAUGUGGUCACCAAGAUCAUGUAACAUGAGCAAGCAGGAUUCUUGCUCCCUUUUUUGUUUUUUUUGUGUGGGCGAGUCGGAAGAUAUGACACGCAAUUUGGAUCAAAUUGGCCUAUGA